UGCGGAUGAGCGCUGGCGGUGCCCCGAGGGCUGCGGAUGUGCGCUGGGAAAUCUGCCGGCGUCGUGUUCCGCACUCUCGCGAUGGCGGCAGCGGAGGCCGCCGGGCUGGAGGAGUUUGCGACUCUCACCAACGUGUCGGUGGCAGCCGACGAGCCGGUGGAGGGGGACAUCAACGUGCCCGUGUCCCACAACCGGGAGGACGACUUCUCCACGCUGGACGAGCCAGUCAAGGACACGAUCAUGAGAGACAUGAAAGCCGUAGGGAAGAAGUUCGUUCACGUGCUCUACCCAAAGAAGAGUUCUGAACUCUUAAGAGACUGGGAUCUGUGGGGUCCACUAAUACUCUGUGUAUUACUAGCAGCGAUGCUGCAGGCGAAGACCCCCACUGACAGAGCGAGUCAAGGCCCACAGUUUGCAGAGGUUUUUGUAUUGGUCUGGGUCGGUGCCAUCGUCGUCACGCUGAAUUCCCAGCUCCUUGGGGGUAACAUAUCCUUUUUCCAGAGCCUGUGUGUGCUUGGAUACUGUGUUAUGCCACUGACAGUGUCCAUGAUCGUGUGUCUCAUCACCACCUUGGCCACAAAAACUCUCGUCCUCACCAUAAUUAAUUUUAUUGUGGUCUUCCUUUCCUUCGGCUGGUCUGUAUUUGCAUCGACAGCCUUUCUGGCCGACAGUCAGCCGCCCAAUAGGAAAGCCCUUGCCGUGUAUCCAAUAUUCCUUUUCUACUUUGUCAUUAGUUGGAUUAUACUCUCAGGUGUCCACUCGUAAGCCCAGACGCUGCUGCAAUAUUUUCAGCUUUGUGUACAUAAACGUGCUGUAAAAUAUUGUAAUUAUUGUAUACAAGUGUUAGAUGUUCUAGAUUAGUUUGACAUUUUGUUGAUGGACACAGAUUAAAGCUUUUAGAUUUAAACUGUCUUAAAGUUUGGGAUCAUCUGGAUGCACAGUUUAAACCUGUAUGCACCAAAGUAAUUCAAAAGGCAGUGGAAAUACCAUGAUGAUAAAAAGCUACAGACUGCAUUUCACCAAUAUGGGGGGGUGUUUUUAGUUUAGAAAUACACAUUGAUAUGUUCAUUUAAUGCAUGGUUGCAUUUAAAUAGUAAAAUUCUAAUUGUUAUGCUAUGGGUGUUUUAUGUUAUUGGUGUGGUUUGUCACAGCUGAGUAUACGUUUUGCAUUUUUGGGUGAUGGUAAAAUGCAGUUCAUGUAUUGGUGGAAAGGCAUUUUCCUCCUAUAGUGGAAAAGUGACAUAGUUCGUGUUAUUUGCUCAAUUUGGCCAUUAUACCACUAACAUUCAGAAGAAAUGUCUCCACAAACAUGAGUAAGGCCCUUGGAUGAAAAUGUAAAUUUGCACCACACAAUACUGCAAUCAAUUAAAACCUUAUUUUGAUCUGUAUGAUUAUAUUGUUUUUUUAUGUACUGGAUAUGAUUCAUACUUCAUAUAAUUGUCAUAAAACCUAGGGUAGCUCCAUACUUUAAGGGAGUUGUCUCCUGUCGUGUCAAUGCAUUGGUUAACACAUUUAAUUUGUAAAAACGAACGGGAUAUUACCGCCAUAAUAUAUUUCAUAUGUUUAUUCAAAUAUCCAGAAAUAUUUGUUUGCCAAUAAAAAGUAGUUUAAUACAGGCUCCGUGACUAAAAAUAUCUCCAGUUAUGUUAAACUCCAUUAUACAGUAUUUGAAGGCUUGUUAUUUUAAUGUCUUCCAAUGUAGCUUGUUUAUGAUGAUAAUUUAACUUAGUUUAGUGACACCUGAAUGCUAAUUCCCUAAAAUACUGCAACCACAGACCUUUUAAAUAUAACCUUUGCAUGGUGUUCAAAUUCCAUUUGUAUUUCUGAAAAAGCAUAUGCUUAUAGCAUACAUCGACAGAGAAAUGUAUGAGCGAUUCCACAAUUUAAAUGCGAAAUUUACUUGUAAGCUCAUCAAUGUUCCACGAGUCCCCUCACUUUCUUGGAUGUGUUCAAAGAUUCGUAACGAUCCAUGAUAUAUGAGAAUCAGCUUUUUACUGUCUUGUGGAAUGGAAAGGAAUGGGACAUUGUUAUUGCCAAGCAUAUAUACUCUCGUAUCUCCUCGCUAAGGCGUCACUGGUUGGGUUGGGCACUAGUUUUAUGAAGUGUGAAAAAUAUUGAGUUAAAAUUGCAUUACUACGAGUGCCAAUAAAAUUCCACUAAAAUG